AUGGAAAUCCAUACGCUUGAGUUGACCGAGGAAGACAUCCUGAGCAUCCAUCGAUACUAUAUUACAUGUCUUUACCUCGAAGACAAAAAGACGGAUGUAGAAAUCGUUGCGCACCUCUACGAGCAAUACAAGCUACAAAUCACGCUCACUCAGAUUCGAAAAUGUAUAGAGGACUGGAAGUUGGAGCUUCCUGUGUCACUAGAGCCUAAACCAGAAGAACAAAAGGACCUAGAUAGUGACUCGGAUGGCAGUUGGGUCGUUAUUCCCUCCACGACGGCUCCCUCAGUACCGACAAACAAGACAUACACGCCUAGCGAUCCCAAGCUCAUGUCACUCUACACGAAACGUCCUUUACCCUCACUCCCAACCUCAAAGUCAAGUCCAAAGAUGGACUCCAAAUCCAGAGUCCGCAAAAGACAAGCUCCAAAUACCGAUAAAGUCAAAGGUGUCUGCCACCACGGUGGCGGAUCUUCUGACACGCAUGAAGUUGAGACGACAUUGACAUCGGUACCAAAUGGGCCAACUCAGAUGGAGCUAUACGUUGAUGACGAUCAAGACUACGAGCGCGUUGCUCAGGGUCUUAGAAGCUCGGCUUUCGCAAGAGCGGGGCAGUACAAGGAGGGAAUGUCUCGUCACCAUAGUGUUCUCAAGCUUGCGAAGAGACCGAUGGAGACCAGCAGGGACAAGAAAGACAAAGGGAAAGGAAAAGGAAAAGCAAUCGAGCGACAACAGAGGAGACCGACCAAUGAACAGGUAGAACGCGAGAUGAGCCACGAGUCAUGA